ACUUCCUGGCUGAAAGGUCAUAGGUCAAGCGCKACUUGUUUUGCAGUUUUUCAGCUCCUGAACUCGCGGCGGUGAUUUAUUUUUGAUAAGUAUGAACUCUGAUCAGCUCAUUGGACCCGCCUUACCCCCGAUGUUCGGAAAAGAGAGCUCUGAAAGCGACGACAGCGACAAAGAUUUCGCUGGUCCUGCUUUACCUCCCGGUUAUAACCGGGGCGACCYGUCGAGCUCUUCGGAUGAAAGUGAACCGGAGGUCAAAAGAGCCAGAACUGAAGGACCAGAUGUGAACACAGGUGAUGAUGAUGAUGGUUUCUUUGGGCCAGCCCUGCCACCAGGAUUUAAAAAACAACAGAGCUCCCCAGAAAGGCCACCUGCGCUGGGACCAGCUUUGCCCCCCGGGUUUUCCCGAGCCCAAUAUGACAGCGAUGAUGAAGAUGAAGAAGCUCUUCCAGGACCAGCUCUGCCCCCAGGCUACCAGGCCGAGCCCUCCAGCAGCGAGGGGGAGGAUGUGAUCGGACCCAUGCCGGCUAAAGGACCUAUUGAAGACUCUGUGGCUCUUGAUUUUGAGCGCAGAGCUCGAAGGAUGAAGGAGAAGCUGACAAACGAGGACGCUCCUGAGGUGGUGACCAGAGAAACAUGGAUGACGGAGCUCCCGCCGGAGCUGCAGCACAUCGGCUUAGGGGCUCGAACUUUCAAGAAAAGGUCCGGUCCGGAGAACAAGGAUCGCUCUGUGUGGACGGACACUCCGGCAGACCGAGAGCGAAAGGCCAGGGAGCGCGUCGAAGGCAAGAAGACCGGCGAGGUGAAGAAAGACGAAGCCCCACAAGUUUCCCAGAAGGACUCUGAAAUGGCCGAGAAAGUGUCGAAAUACAACGAGUCCAAACGGGCCGAGUCCUUGAUGAGCUUGCACACCAAGAAGAUGAAGGAGAAAGCGAAGGAGAAAGCGGACACACCGGCGGAGAGGAGGCCGUUCGAUCGCGACGCCGACCUGCAGGUGAAUCGGUUCGACGAAGCCCAGAAGCAGCGGCUGCUGAAGAAGUCUCAGGAACUGAACACACGGUUCUCCCACAGCAAGGACCGCAUGUUCCUGUAGCCCCCCAGUCACAGGGGGUUCUGUUACAAACUGUUGGUGGGACGGGGCUGGAUUCAUGAGGAUGAGCUGGAGUUUUAAAUCAGGACUGGAUGAUAUGGAGAAAUAUUCCAGCAAAUAAUGUCUUUUUUCAUGUAUUUGGAUAUAAAUACUCAGUUUUUUAGAUUGCAAUAUGUUUGUAGAUACAGAGAUGUAAUAGUUUCUUUAAUACUAAUCUUGACACGUUGUUUUUCACUUUUUUUCGUAAAUAUUUUACACGUUUAAAGUCAGGUUUUGUUGCAUUAAAGUUGYUGUGACCGACAGUGAAAAUGAGAAAUAAGCCAUUUCUAAUUAUGAAUAAUUGAGUUUAAGCACAGCCAGUUUGUUAAAAUCUGAACAAGAUGAUGUGUUUUUAUGUAAGGUGUUCAGAAAAUAAAGCAAAGCCAUUUUUUUA